GUGUUGGUGCCUUCAAAUAGAGUUCCCAACCAUUAGUUCUUGGAAAGUACCCUGCUGGUAAUAUUCUGUUUAGUUUUGGAAUAUUCAUGGCUGGGGCAUCUGUGAGCAAGAUCGAUCCUUUUGGCGUUUAAGCAUAUGGGCAUGUGUGCUAUAAGAAGCCGUACCUUUUUCAUUCACCAAAAACAACUGAUCAUUCCCUCAGUCCUGUAUCAUUGGGAGGCAUACAGAAAAAAUCUGGUUGAGAAAGUGAAGGCAAUGGAAAAUGUAGUCUGGGGGUGGUGAUGGCAGAUUUGACUCUAUGGGUCACUCUGCAAAGUAUGGCACAUAUUCGAUGUUCUGCUCACCAAUUGACAAGAUUGUUCAUUUUGAGCUAAUACAGGUAAUUAUAUUACUAUGAUUGGUUUCCAAUUUAACUAUACGAACAUGUCACAGAUUACAGUUAUGACUAGGAGGACGUAACAAGUGUAUACUAAUUCUAGAGACACAACUGUGUUGCAACUAUGGUUAUUUCCUUCUUUCAGAGCAAUGAAUCGGGUGGAAGCAAUCAAAUGGAGCUUGACGGGGCAAAACGGUGCUUCUCGUUUUUGGAAAAAGCUGGUAUAACAGUCAAGAAGUUUAUAUCCGAUCGACAUGCUGGCAUCGCAAAAUGGGUGAGAGAAUCCAGACCUCAAACAAACCACUUUUAUGACAUCUGGCAUGUUGCGCGAUCGACCACAAAGAAAUUUCUAAAAGCUGAUAAAGAAAAAGGCUGUGAAGGCAUUGUCCGUUGGAUCAAGGGUGUCCGAAAACAUUUGUAUUGGUGUGCAACGUCUACACAAGAAGGGUUUGGGGAAAUGAUUUUGGCCAAGUGGAGGUCAUUUAAAAACCAUGUUGCCAAUCGACAUGAGGGACAUGCUAACAAAUUGUUUCCUCAAUGUGCACACGAUGAGCUGGAAACACCCCGAGAAUGGAUUAAAAUAGGUUAAGUUAUGCACCCGUUCUUUAUAUGCCCACCUUUUCCAAGAUGACAAAUUGCUUUUUAUGUGGAACAUCAUUUAGGCACCAAUUAGCAGUUGUUACAGUUGAUUGCCUGAUGUAUUAAAAAAAGCCAAGAUUCUUAUAAUAUAUUAAUAUGUGAAAUGUCUAUCAUUAUAGGAACGCCUGCUUUUGACAAAGUGCAACAAAUAAUUGGAGAUACAAGAUUGGAAUCAGGGAUUAAGAAACUAUCGCCAAAUGCACAAACCAGUUGCCUGGAGGAUUUCCAUGCCACAUUAAACCACUGGCAUCCCAAAAUGUUAUGUUUUUCAUGGUUGGGAUCCUACUGCAGACAAGUUACAUAUCAUGUGAUAAAUCAAUUAUGAUAAAUCGGUUUUUCUAUCUUUUCGAAUUCAAAGUUGUGGAAAUAUCUCACUCGCUUUAUACUAUUCCGCGAUUAUACGCGGGCGCAGUCGUAAGGCCUUCCAUUUCUGAUGUAUGAGAUCGUGGGUUUGAUUCUUGCAACGCAUUCAAACGAGAAACGAGUCUGUAAAAAAAAAGAAAGAAAACUCGAGAAACGAGUCUGUAUAUGUACUUGUUUCACCUGUCUGAGUGUCUGAGUAAUGGUAAUAUUUAAUUUGGCUUUUAAUUUUUUAGGACUGCUUUAGCUGUACUUCAUUUUAAUGAAAAUUUAAGAAGAGAUUGCCAGAAGACCAAAACUGGAGAGCAAUACAUGAAGGUUACAAACCCAAAGUACAAACUGGAAGAGGAGAUUGUACGAGAAGUAAAGAGACUGCCAACUUAUGGUAAAUAAUAUUUUGCAUUUGCAUAAAAGACCUUAUUAUGCCCAUGCUCAUAAGGUCCAUUGAAAGGGCAUUGCAUUAAUGUUGGUUUUUUUACAUACAAUUAUGUACUGUCACCUCCACCAGGUGACUGGGGCAUAUUAUUUUAUCUUUUGCACAACCAGUAUUUCAUUCAUAUCAUAUGCAGGUGUCUCUGUUUUGAAGCGUGGUGGUGGUGGUGGGGGGGGGGGGGGGGGGGGGGGGGGUGGUAUUAGAGGGAGAUGGGCAAAGAGGAUUAUUGGGGAACAAUAUGGUUAACAUACAAAUUGUCUAUGUUUCAUAUAGAGUAUGUCAACUGCAUGGGAGAAAUUUUGUUCACUGUUGAUAGCACAACAUUGGAAGAGAUUGGCAAGCGGUAUAUCAGUCUUUGCAGCCGAAAUCCUUGACCAGUCAAUUUACAGAACGUUUAGCGAAGAAAGAAGCGGUUGAGAAACAAUUGAAGCGCAGAAGCCUAGAUAAAGUUCCAUUGCACCCCACAGGCGAGUGAUUAUAUUUAAAAUUAUUCACAGGGUUAAAAGUCAGUAUGAAAAGGGGAAAUAGCAGACUAUUUUCUAUCUCUUGUUUUAUUUUUAUUUAUUCAGCUAGGAAUGGCAUAAUCCAUUUUUAGCUGAUGAAUAUGGUCUGUGUACAAUUUUUUAACUGUUCAUACAUUUACACACAUUAACCCAUAAUUGGUCCUAUUUUAACAGAGGCAGACCAGGACAAACUACAAGACCAAGUUGAAAAGGAAAAACAGAAAAAAACUAAUAAUGUUAAACAACGAGCCGCACCAAAAUGUAGGAAAUGUGGAAAGCCACGGAAAGGACAUCCACGAGGGAGCUGUGUGUAGGCUGCGUAAAUAAAAAUGUGUACAUACAAAAUAUGUGCUAAAUAUUAAUUGCAUGGGAUUACAAAAAGUACAGAUAAACUUAGAUUUCUUCUCUUAACAAAUUAUAGAUUAAAGUG